AUGCCAUCUGCUGCUGGUGCUCAACCGAAAUCCAAGGUAAAAGCCAAAUGGACCGCCAACAGCAUGAUCGCCGGCGCUGGGGGCGGUCUGGUCGCGAGCGUAGCUACAUGUCCACUAGACGUUAUCAAGACCAAGCUCCAAGCUCAACGAAAGAUUCAGGGCCAACAGGGGUACGAAGGAAUCUACGAUACUGCUCGCAAUAUUCUCAGAUAUGAUGGGCUACGAGGGCUUUAUCGCGGGCUAGGACCGACAGUAUUGGGCUACCUUCCAACUUGGGCAAUAUAUUUUGCCGUAUACGAUGGGAUAAAGUCAUACUUCGGAGAACCUCCACUAGCGCUCCAGGCUCCGUCGCGUCCUUCGAAGCCCGCCGAUACCCUGUACCCGGCUGCACAGGCUAAAGGGUAUCAACCGGUCAUGCGCGAACACCCUUGGUCAUUACACAUCUUAUCAGCUAUGACCGCGGGAGCUGCAAGCACAUGCUGUACCAACCCACUCUGGGUGAUAAAGACUAGGUUUAUGACCCAGACUCGAGAUGAGGUGAGGUAUCGCCACACCCUCGACGCGGCUCUUACGAUAUAUCGGACGGAAGGCAUCAGAGCCUUCUACCGCGGCCUGCUUCCUAGUUUGCUUGGGAUCGCACAUGUUGCUGUGCAGUUCCCCUUGUACGAGCAAUUAAAGGUGUGGGCCCAGGGGGUAUCCGACGUACCUUUAUCUAGUCAGACUAUUCUUCUAUGCUCAGCCAUUGCUAAGAUGACUGCAUCUAUCGCGACCUAUCCACACGAAGUAGUCCGAACAAGGCUUCAAACACAGAAACGACCUAUAGCCGAUGAAAUGUCUUCAGAUGGUAUGAUCAAGAGGCAUCCGCGAGGAGGGUUCAUCGCUACUACUCAGAAAAUAAUCACGAAGGAAGGCUGGACAGGGUUGUAUCGAGGACUCAGUGUAAAUCUCAUCAGGACAGUACCGAACAGUGCAGUAACCAUGUUAACAUACGAACUGCUCAUGAGGCACUUAUCCGAGCGGACUACAUCAUAUUAA